AUGUCUCAACAACCGAAUGCUUCCUCCCCAAAGAAAGUGUCUCCCAUCUCCGACUCCGCAACACUUAAUGAGUUGACCAACCCUAAUCGGGAUCUCAAUGUACCUCCUUUAAGGAUGAUUAAAGCUGAUGAUUUAACGAUUACAAAGCCAAGAACAUCGCGUGCAAGAAGACCUAAGGAGAGUGUUCGUACGAAGGGCUUCAAUCCCUCAUCAUCCAACCCUUGUGAGGAACUUACUAAAGAAGGAACAAAAUAUGUUAAUAAUUCCAUAGCCAAGAUUUUCAAACAGAUUUUGGAUGAAAAUCAUCAGGUCCUUGGGAUAUCUGUCCCUUUAGAAACCGUGACUCUUGAUCCUCCCAAGACCAAAUAUAAUGAUAACGAUGUUCCCACUGCUGGUAGUGACAUUCACAUGCCUGAUGAAGAUAACAAUGAAGAGGUUCAAGAAGAUGUUGAGAACAGCAAUGUCACUGAGGAUGUCAAUGACAUUGAAAACUCUGGAGUUGAUGAUAGUCCAAGGGCGGAUGCUGGAACAGGUACCAAUGUGGUGGAUGUAGAUGAGUACUCUGACAAUGAUUUGGUUGCUACUAUGAACUCUAGUGUAGCCGAAAGGCUCAUGACUAGGAGAAAAGAAAAAGUUGUGAUUCAUAAGUCUCCUUUGAAGAAAAAUGAUGUUAAAAGUCCUUCCAAAGACUCUUUCAAGAAGAAGAGUACAUCUACAGGACCUAUAAAGAGCAGAGCUGUGGCUAAAAGUGUUAGUAUUGGUCCCUCAAAAUCUUGGAGCAAGGUUGUUCCAAAGAAGAGGAAAGUAAGACCUAUUGAAGAAUCCGAGUAUGACGUUGAAGUGAAUGUCCAUGACAUUCCAUUAAAGAAGAAGCCCACAGCUAGUAAGCUUGCUGCUAGUGUACCUGAAGUUCCCAUUGACAAUGUAUCCUUCCACUUUGCUGCAAGUGCAAAUAGGUGGAAAUUUGUGUAUCAAAAGAGACUGGCUCUUGAGAGGGAAUUGGCUCAAAACACUCAUGAUUGUAAGGACAUAAUGGACUUGAUUGAGGCUGUUGGCCUAAUAAAAACUGUGGUCCAUUUGAGUAAAUGCUAUGAAAUGCUGGUGAAAGAGUUCAUAGUAAACCUCUAUGAAGAGUGUGCCGACAAGAGAUCCAAGGAAUUCAGAAAAGUGUUUGUAAGCGGAAAAUGUGUUAACUUCUCACCCACUGUGAUCAACAACCUAUUGGGAAGGUCUGAUGAAGCUCAACCUAAGCUUGAAGUCUCUGAUAACAAGGUAUGUCAAGUUAUCACUGCGAACCAAGUCAGGAGCUGGCCCUUGAAAGGAAAAUUGUCUGCUAGUAAUCUAAGCAUGAAUUAUGCAAUGUUGCAUAAGAUUGGAGCUGCUAAUUGGGUGCCAACAAAUCACAAGUCUACUGUCUCAACUAUUCUUGGAAGAUUUAUCUAUGCUGUUGGUACAAAAGCAAAGUUUGACUAUGGUACCUACAUUUUUGAUCAAACCAUGAAGCAUGCCGAUUGCUACAGUGUAAUAGGCCCUAUAGCAUUCCCUUAUCUCAUAUGUGACAUCAUCUUAAACCAGCCCCCUAGCAUCUUGGUUGAAAGUUACUCUAUUUGCAAAAGGGAAAGUGCUAUGUCUUUCCAUUAUAAACUGUCUUAG